AAUACCCCCUUAUCAAUAACCUGCUCGGACUGACAGCCAUUGGAAAGCCAUUCACGGAAAGAUGCUUAACAACAUGGAUUUGAACUCUCAAGAUUCUUUCUACUCUCAGUUUGAAAACUGUGACAGUUCUGCGAUAGGGAUGGAAACUCACGGCUCCAAAGACAGCCAGAAUGUUUUCAUGGAUUCUGGAAGAACAGCAUCUGCCCAGUUUGCACACGGUGCGCCUAUUACCCCCAAAACGGAGCCCACGAGUAUAGAUCAGUAUAACUCUUGUCAGGGUCCGAAGGAAAGCUACACAACCUCCUUAGCUUACUCGGGCAGCUUCUACGUGGAAACAGCUCAAGGAACACCUUGCAGCACGGAAACACUGCUCAACAUGAUCACCGAAAUCGUUGGCAUCUCAACUACCCCUGUCUCGGAUGCGCAUCAGUGUGCAGACGGUACGAUGAACGCAAGCCGUAGCAGUUUCGGCGACGAGGGCGUCCAGACUCCGGCCUCCACGUGCACCACCCCGCAGCUGUAUUCCCCGGGACAGGCAGGCCACAGCUACUCGGACUCCCAGACCGCCGCGCAGGCCCAACACCCCGCUGCAUCGCAUUUAAACUUUGCCUCCUCUGCUCAAGACGCGGAGCCGCUGUCUGAGAGCGCGACGUUCCCGGUGGUCAUCAAAAAUGAAUUCGAGAGCAGCUGUUACGAGUGGGGGGCCUUCAAUAAGUCGUACUUGGAUGCUGGCUUCCAGUCAGAGCCGUUCUCCAUGUCGAAUAGUUUUCAAACUGAUCAACAACAGGUGGACGUGAAAGAACUUUUGGACUCUUAUUCUCCCAUUUGUUCAAACCCAGAGACUGAAUUCAAAGUGGAGAGUACCCUGAAACAGGAGCAGUGCUUUGGAGAUACGUGCACACAGGGCUUCAGUACUCCCAUGUUUAACUACUCCACUCCAGUUAUGAAUAUCCCACCCACCAGUCUUUUAAAACCGACCAUUUUUCCAAAUAUUGAACUCCAGUCGAGUUGCGACACGACCUACUCGACUUCCACAAUAGACUCUGUACUGUAUUCAUCAUUAUUGCCGGAGUCUUUCAGUCAAACUUACACACGGGCUCAGAAACCUAACCGUGCAAGAAAGAGCCCUGCUUCCUCUACCGGACCGGCCAAAGAGAAACCCUUCACGUGUCCAAUGGAGACCUGCGACCGGCGCUUCUCUCGGUCGGAUGAGCUCAACAGGCACAUCCGCAUCCACACGGGACACAAACCUUUCCAGUGCCGCAUCUGUUUGCGGAGCUUCAGCAGAAGCGACCAUCUGACCACGCACACCCGCACUCAUACCGGUGAGAAGCCCUUUUCUUGCGAUGUGUGCGGCAAACGCUUUGCCAGGAGCGACGAAAGGAAACGGCACGGUCGGGUGCAUCUCAAACAGAAAGAAAAGAUGGAGUUGAAGCCACAAGUAGUCAACGCGUGGCCAUUCACUUUGCCAGAGGCCAUUUAAGCGAAAAUUGUGAAAGUCGUAAUGAGCGCUCGUUGUGCGUGAUGUCAAAUCUUACCGUCUUGGAAGAUUUAAGCUUACUAAAACAGUAGCUUAGGCUACAGAAUACAACUCCAAAGCUCAAGUGAACGUCGUGGCAACUGAUUUAAGCGACCCGCAUGAGCGUAAAGGUCCACUGAGGUGACGGAUCCCUUUUUGUGAAAUAGGGAAUAUAAUUUUAAACCUGGACCUCCCACAUUGAACCUUGCGUGCAGCUUGGGGUGUGUGCAGCAAGUGAAUAAACUUAAAUCGAGUGUUUUUUUAAAUUUACAGUUUGUCCUCGACCAUUAUAUUUCUUAAUCGAGGAGCGUGUUUUGCAGAACACAUGAACUGCAGUUCAGCACUUUCACUAUGGAACAGCUCCAACCUCGACCUUGCAUUGUAAUGCGGCAGUAAAACGCACAGCUGGAAUGUAUUGC